GUACUCCUUUACAUCGCCGUGGUCGUAUCGCAGACGCAAACGCGCACAAUUAAACGAGUCGCGCUGUGAAGUGCGCUGAUGCUCCGCGUGCCUUAAUUCAACGGGUGUAGAGAAAACCCGCACGCCAGCUUUCUGACAUAUUCACGCAUCUUUUAUUCGGCCUUCACCUUUGAUUUCGUGGCGUUCACCGGGAUUCAUCUCAGUGCAAGAUAUCAACCCGACAUCGCAUUAUCUGACCCCCAGCAGUGAGGACGCUGAACGCACGCAGGGAUCAUCAGCAAGACAAUGAAUGAAGGAGCCGGUGGGCGGCCCAGGGGGCCGCAGAAGUUCUGCAGUCUGGAUGUGGAUGAAGAAAAACACUUAAGUUCGUGUAGCAUGGACGUUAAAGAAAACCGCAACCUGGACAACCUCUCCUCCAAAGAAGCGCUGGGGGAGGGGCCUUACUUAACCAAUGGAAACGCUCGGGGGUUGAGCAGGAAACGCCCUCUGGAGGAUGGCAACAAAGGCCACGGGCAUUCUAAGUUCCGGCCCAAGAAGCGCAGGAAACCACAAGGGCCGGUCUUGCCGAAAAACGCUCUCAUGCAACUGAACGAAAUCAAACCGGGACUGCAGUACAAACUUCUGUCUCAGACGGGGCCCGUACACGCACCCGUGUUCGUCAUGAACGUUGAGGUCAACGGACAGUUGUUUGAGGGCUCGGGCCCGACGAAGAAGAAAGCCAAACUGAAUGCGGCCGAAAAAGCGCUGCGCUCUUUCGUUCAGUUUCCCAAUGCAUCCGAAGCUCAUCUCGCGAUGGGCCGCACGCUUACUGUUAACGCAGACUUCACCUCAGAUCAAGCAGAUUUCCCAGACAUGCUAUUUAACGGAUUUGAGACGCCCGCGCCGCCUGAAGACACCUUCUACUUGAGUCUCGGCAGCAAUGGGUCUCUCUGCUCCUUAAACGAAUACCCUUUGCCCGUGGCGCUGAAAAACAGCAACAGGUCGCAUCCUCCUCCCCCCCUACCCCCUGUGCUCACGACUCCCCCUACAGGCAGUGGCAAAAACGCUGUGAUGAUCCUAAAUGAGCUUCGGCCUGGACUGAAGUACGAGUUUGUGGCCGAGAGCGGUGAAAGCCAUGCCAAGAACUUUAUAAUGGCGGUUACUGUAGACGCUCAGAUGUUCCAAGGUUCGGGACGGAAUAAAAAGCUGGCGAAAGCGAGGGCGGCCCAAGCGGCUCUGUCAGGACUGUUUAACAUGCAGCUGGACCAGACGCCAUCCCGACAGCCAAUCCCAAGAGAGGGACUUCAGCUGCACCUGCCUCAGGUCCUUGCAGACGCUGUCUCUCAUUUAGUUGUGGAAAAGUUCAGUGAGCUGACGGAUAACUUUACGUCUCCACAUGCACGGCGGAAAGUCCUCGCGGGUGUUGUCAUGACAACUGGUACGGAUGUGAAGGAUGCCCAGGUGAUUUGCGUCACCACAGGAACCAAAUGUAUAAAUGGGGAGUACAUGAGUGAUCGAGGACUGGCCCUCAACGACUGCCAUGCUGAGAUCAUCGCGCGUCGCUCCCUCAUCAGAUACCUGUACGGUCAGCUGGAAUACUUUCUCAGCGAGAGCACUGAGGAGCGUGAGAAAUCCAUAUUCAGAUGGUGUAGCGAACAUGGCUACCGGCUAAAAGAGGAUAUUCAGUUCCAUCUGUAUAUCAGCACGUCGCCCUGCGGAGAUGCCCGGAUCUUCUCCCCUCAUGAGGCUGGUGCCGAGGGUAUAAAAAAUUAUGAUGGAUGGAUUUGCUCAUUUGGUUGUCGUACGGCACAGCAAAAUAUGGACCAGUUUUUAAAAUGCUGUAAACUAAAUUCCAGCUCGUUCUUUCCAGACCAGGGCGACCGGCAUCCAAACCGCAAGGCUCGCGGACAACUACGAACCAAGAUUGAGUCUGGAGAAGGUACGAUACCCGUUCGUACGAGUAACACCAUCCAGACCUGGGAUGGAGUGUUGCAGGGAGAACGACUGCUAACAAUGUCGUGUAGUGACAAGAUCGCCAGAUGGAACAUCAUCGGAGUGCAGGGGUCUCUUCUGAGUUACUUUACAGAACCCAUCUAUUUCUCCAGUUUAAUUUUGGGAAGUCUGUACCAUGCCGACCAUCUUUCCAGAGCCAUGUAUCAGCGCAUUGCUGACAUGGACGAUCUGCCCAAGCCAUUCGCCCUCAACAGACCUCUUCUUAGUGGUAUCAGUAACACCGAAGCAAGGCAACCUGGAAAAGCUCCCAACUUCAGCGUCAAUUGGACAGUAGGAGAUCAGGGGUUGGAGAUCAUUAACGCCACCACAGGAAAAGAUGAUCUUGGAAGACCAUCUCAUCUCAGUAAACAUGCCCUCUACAGUCGCUGGGUCUGUCUACAUGCCAAGCUCGGCGAGAGUCUGCGGAUCCAAGGAUCUCGGCCAGGCUCCUACCACGAGGCAAAACAAGCGGCAGUGGAGUAUCACACGGCCAAACAGACUCUCUUCAAAGCUUUCUACAAAGCGGGACUUGGAGCGUGGGUUGAAAAACCCAUUGAACAAGACCAGUUUUCCCUUACCUCUUAAGAUAAACCAAGAGAAAGGGAUUGUCGGCAAGAGAUCUUUUGUACAUUUACACGGAAUGCCAGGUUUUAAUCUAGCCUCCAUAGCUGUUUUUUUCUGUUAUAACUGAGAGCUGCUUGGUUUCUUUUAUCUGUAAAAAAAAAAACAACACUGUUGUGUUUAUUUAAAAAAUGGAAGUCGGCUGAAACCUUGUGCUAAACCCACAUAUUCAAGGUGGCUUGCACAGUUAAUCACGUCGACUAUAAUACUGGCUUAAUUUUACCUCAAAAAGAUUUUAAGUUACAUCAUAGGUAGUGGAUCACUGUUUUCAUUCCAAUUAAAUAAUGUAAAGACUUUAAUUUCACCAAGGACGUUCCCCACAUAAAGUUUUUCUCUCAGGACAGAAGACCAAUCUAUAUUAGGCUUGCUAUAAACCGGCAGCUUGGUUGCACAAAACCACACAAUAUUGUGGAAACAAUUACAAUACAAAACGUACGUUCUGACACAGGUCUCUGUUAAAUACAACAUCUUCUGAUAUUUGGUACUUCUAGCCAUUACCAAUGGUGGUACUGCACUUUCUGACGCGUUUUUAAAUACCCUUACAUGAAACAACCUAUAAUGGAAUUGAAUUGUUUUAUUCUUUAGCGUCUUUUCAACGUUUAGUUUACUUAAGGUGCUUAAAUAACAGUCAAGCUGCGAUAACUGUAAUUAAGUGCUAUUAAUCAACAAGCCGGAGAUGUUUUAUUCAAUGCAUGAAUUUUGUAAUGGCCAGCUUUUUCACCUCCAUUCUGUUCAAAAGGACAUAAUUAGCUGUUCAAAUAAUCAGCCGAUGUCUGAUCAUUCAAAAAGUUACAAAUACAGGCCAAUAGCAGUAAUUGACCAAUAUGUGUAGCUAAAAAUAAAAUGACCCAACAAAGCUCAGCCCGGUUUUGGGUAAAGUCAAAACCCAAUGUUUUUUUGUUCCUUCGUUUGUCAAUACUUGUAAAAUGUAUUUUUAUGUACGUUUUUUUUUUGUUUGUUUGUUUGUCUAAAACCACAUUUCCACUUUAUUGUAAAUGUGACCGUUUCGUUUACUGAUUUUAUCGACCAAUUUCUUGUUUAAUGUUAAGAACGUGAUGCCAUUUUAUUGAAAACAAUAAAAGACUGAACUUCAUCCGAGUUUAUCAAAUUGAGAUUGGGGACCAUUUGUAGCGUUUAAAGACAAAAAAGUGGUGCAGCUAUUGUAAUGAUGUAAUUUACAAUGUAACAGAUUUUACAAAAAUGACAUUUAUUACUUAGGUCAUGUCUCGAAAGGUGGUUUUAUGUGCAUUUGUGUCCCUGUUUGCAUGUGUUCAUGAAGUACACAAGACCGUAGGGCGUCUCAUUCAUCAUUUUACGUUUUAAUAGGGUGCUUCUUAGCGCUUUUGCAAAGCACUGAAGUCAACUUUACAGUGGGUUUCAACCCAAGGGUCUAUGCUGUAUUACGUCACCAAAGCGUUGAGUCCUCAAUGGACUAAGAGCAACCUUUGAGACCAAGCCUUUAUUAUUUAGUUUGUCUCGGCUCAGUGGGAGCUCUAGAAUCAAUGUAAACUCUAGAACUCAACCCAGUUACGUCAAGAACAUGUCCUGAAAAAUUCCCAUAAUGCCACUGUGUUCUGCGAUGCAGGAUGCUCUUUGUUGUCUGAACUAAAGUCCCGCAUGGAUUCGGUUUGAACCGGUUCUGCCGGGCCAGAAAUGCUUUAAAUGCUGCAUCUAAGCAAAGGCUCAAAAGAUUUUACAAGAGGGGAAAAAUACAAAAGAAACUGUACUGUAAGAAAAUAAAAUGACCACAGGCUUUGUGGUUGAUCGGUCUCA